AUGUCCAACGAGGUGGACUUUGCCUUUCAAGGCGAUGUCAUCAACCUGGGAUCUCUUACCCACAUGCUGACGGGCCGCGUAUUGGAAGCUCUGAGCGAUGGCAAAGUCGACAUCUACGCCGUUGGUGCCGCUUUCUGGUUAGGCGCUAGGGUUCCCAUCCGGUCAACCUUGGCAGACACGGUUCACGCACAUGUUGCGCAAAGACGCGGAUAUCAGUCAGUCUUGUCGAAGGCUCUUAGCACUGGCUGGGGUCAUUCAACCCCAGUGGUUGAGAUGACGCGCACACGGGCUGGGACGAAUGCUCUGCUACUUGUGGGAGCACUUACAACUGGUUCAUCGCCCUUCCAAGCUGCACAAUGCCUCUCGGAGUUAUUGGGCAUCUUCGGUAUCAGCCUCGAAAGACUCCCAAGCGUCGACGUUCUGAAAGAGCUUGCAGCGUAUUUGACGCCAUUCGUCCAUGAUCUUGGAUUUUCAAAAGUUCUUCAACACAUUACCGACGUGGUGGAGGGCUCAUUGGAAGCCGAAAUCCUAUCCAAAUCAGCCAAUGGCAGAAGACCAGAUCGACAACCACUCUGGGAAUUGAGACACCUGGGUUCAGCAUCUGCUCUGGCGGGGGCAAUUAAGCAGCUGAUUUACACGUCCGAAAACCGACAAGAUCACUACAUGAUCUUAGAAAUGCGUGGAUCCUGGCUUCCUGCUUUUGCAAGUCACCUGCUCGGAAUGUCCGUUGAGCUUCUUUGUCAUGGAAAGCUGUUAUGGGCAUGCGGGGGGGGGGGGGGGACAAGGGGAGUAUUACUUUCCAGUUGGGAAAGCAUUCCAUUGACAAGUUUUCUAUCCAAUCUUUGA